AUGUACUUGUACUAAAAGCAGACUCUAUUUUUAAACUUGUAUUAUCAAUCAUCAUCAUUACAUUGUAAGAAUCUCUACCUAGGUGCAGCAUGUCCGAGGAAAGUCUCAUAUUUUCUGUGUUGGGCCUGACUGUCAGAGGAUUUCAUUGUAAUGCUGACAAGUGGGUGCCUAAAGGAGGUCAGCGACUGUCAUGUGCCCUUCGUUCUGGUGCAAUUGAUGUAUUAAAAGAUGAUCAGUCAGUUGGGAAAGUUGCAACAGAAGCUCCUAAUAAGUUCAAAGACUGGGUUAAAGCAGAUGGAACUAUUGAAGCUGUAGUUAUAGGAUUGCCAAAAAAACAUCGUGGGAAGAAAGGAGAAGAAGUGCCUGUCAUGUUUGUUUUUAGAAGCAAGAAGGACUACAGAAUGAUUAAAUUUAAAAAGGCAAUAACCUCAGGCAUUUCGAAGCUGAGAAAGAAAUCUACGAAGGUUGUGGAUGGAGAUGCAAGUGAAGAAAUGACAUUUUCAGAUACUGAUGAAAACCAGUUUGAAUUUUCCGUAAGGGGAAUGACAAUGAGAGGAUUCCAUGUUUACAAUAAACUUUGGGUUCCAGAAAUUGGUGACCGUAUUUUAUGUUCAGUGAAUGAUGACCACUCUGUUGAAAUGGUGAAAGAUGGUCAAACUAUCGGACAUGUGCAGACAGAAGGUCAAGCGUUAUUCAGGAAGUUCAUAAAGGCAAAGGGUGUUAUACACGCAGUUGUGAACGCAGAACCAAAACAACACAGAUCAAAGGGUGAAGAGAUUCCUGUAAUUUAUCAGUUCUCGGCAGAUGACUGGACAAACCGGCUCCAAAAUAUCAGAAAUGAGAUACGGAAUGAUAUAAAGAAAGGAAGUGAAAAGAAAAAGAGCCUUAAGUUUAUACGCAGUAAUGAGGAGUCGCAAAAUGAGGCUGGGCCCUCAUAUGAAACACAGUCUAUGGACAGGGCCGGUACAUCGGGAGAAAAUAAGUUCAGUACAAAAGUCAGUGAACAG